AUGUUGUUAGAAAAGUAUGGUGCCAAUGAUGCUGGAAGUCAAAGUGUCAGUCACAACAACAACAAAAGGAGUGGAAAAGUUAAGAAAAUCAAAGGAUGCUAUUUCGUGUGCGCAAGUGGUUACUCAUUGCAGCUCUUCUUCCAGAGGUUUUCUGAAUUGGAAAUUUGGAAUUGGCACUCUCACAGCAUCCCUGCCACUGCGUUAUCCUGCAUCCAAGUUAACAAACCUGCUAAUUGUAAGCUGAGUAGAUCUAUGGACUUUGACAGUCCAGAUACAAAUGUCAGGACUCCCAGGAAGACAAAAGAUGGACUGCACUUUUAUCCAGUGUCUCCUGGUGGUUCAGGUGAAGGCUUGCCUUAUGCCCCUGAAGAUUGGCCUAACCUAGGUGAUAAGUGGCGUUGGAAGGUGGGAAAAAGAGUUAAAGGUUCAGGCUACAGUAAGGAUAGAUACCUGUAUCUACCAAGACGUCUCGUGAAAGCUGGACAACCAAAGUCUUUUCAGAGCAAAUUUUCAGUUGAGCAAUAUGUCCAGUCAGCAUUUCCUUGCACAGAUGUGAAUGCUUUCUUUGCAUCAUUCAGAUGGAAUAUUCCCUUGAAGUGGUUCAAUUCAAAAGAAGCAGAACUUUUGGAGGCUGACUCUCGUUUAUCACACACUUGUAAGGCUGGCAACAACAUGUGUAGCAGUUUAUCAGGAGUAUCUGAUCCUCCUCCAUCAGAAGACAUGUUUUGUGGCAUUUGCUGCAGUGAACCUGGUUUUUGCCGAAGUUGUUGCUGUAUUCUUUGUUCUAAGACUACUAUUAGUUCAGCAUUUGGUAGCUAUAGUUACAUUAGAUGUAAAGCAAUAUUGCUUGAUGGUUGCAUUUGUGGGCACAUUGCUCACAUAGACUGUGCUCUUCAGGCGCAUAUGGUUGGAACAGUAGGAAGAAGCUAUGAUUUGGAUGCAGUGUAUUUUUGUCGCCGCUGUGAUUCUAUGACAGAUCUUGUUUCAUACGUUAUGGAACUUCUACAGAUUUGCCAAUCUAUUGAUUCUCGAGAUGAGAUUGAGAAGAUUUUGAAUUCUGCAAUUAGUAUCUUGCACGGCUCAAGCAAUAUGAAAGCAAGGCAGCUAUUACAUCAUAUUGAAUCAAUGAUGGCAAAGCUUAAGAAUGGAGCUAACUUUGAAGAUAUGUGGAAAAAGGAAGAGUCUGUGUUAGAAGUAUUAACUGCUCAAGCAAAGGUGACAAAGAAAAGGAGAACAACUCAUGGCAAGCCUAGGAAAGACGAUGCGAAGUGGAAGAGGCAAAGAAUGACUGCUCAACCAAAGGUGACAAAGAAAAGGAGAACAACUCAUGGCAAGCCUAGGAAAGACGAUGUGAAGUGGAAGAGACAAAGAAUGACUGCUCAUCCAAAGGUGACAAAGAAAAGGAGAACAACUCAUGGCAAGCCUAGGAAAGAUGAUGCGGAGGGGAAGAGACAAAGAAUGGCUAUGCAGAACCAAAUGCACCUGAUACUGAUAUUGACUUCACGAUAAGCCCUAUAUUGUUUCUGCACAGGA